UUCCGGUUGUCACAUGAUUCUGACCUCCAAGAUGAUUUCUUUACAGCGGCUAGCGUUUUUCUCAGUUUUUUCUUUAACAUUAGGAUUUUCUGAUGCAGUGAGCAAAGUUCCAGUUUUAAUAUGGUCAAACAGCCUAUUGCCCGAAGACCUGCCUCCCUCUUUAGAUGGUCAUAGUAUUAGCACUCCUGAUUUUCAGAAUAUUUAUAUUGAUAAAUUAUUAUCAAACAAAGCACAGCAUGUAUUAGUCUUUGUGCAAGAUAGGCUGAGUGUUGAAGAUUUCACUCAGUACAGCAAUGCAUACAGUGACAGUGAAGAUGGAGCAGCUCUUCACAAUAUCAAGGAACAAAUGGAGAGCCACACAUCCACCCACUUGUCUUCUGUAGAAAGCCCAGUCGCUGCCAUAAAGCAACUGAAAAAGAAGUAUGUGGACAGCGUGCAAGAAGUGACAGCUCCUCACGAGGUUGACUCUUUGAGUUUUGAGAAGCCCGGUUUGGUUAUCGUCCACUUGCCAGAUGUGACUUUAGAAGAAGGGGAGAAGUUGAAGCAGUUCAGAAAGAAUGAUGAUCUGAUUGGUGCUUUGACAUCUAAAGCAAAACAUUCUGGUGUGCCUUUUACAGCAUAUUUCACGGCUGAAGAAACAUCUAAGAUUCCAGUCUCCUAUCCACACCUGGGGCGCCAUCUUUUGGCCACAAAUGAAAACACUUCAACAUACCUUAACUUCAACAACUGCUCAUUGUUCUACACCACGGGGGUCUACAUCUCCCUCUUCACAGUUAGUUCCAUCAUGGAUAAAACUGUGGAGAAAGACAUCAAGACGUUCGUCAAUACUUCUGACAUGUUGCCACCCAACCCGACUUUUACUGAUGAUACCAGUUGUUUGAAUAUGUCAGCAUCCGUGAACUCAUCAGUUAUUGGAUUGACUUAUCCAGGGGAGAUUACUAUUGAUGAUUACACCAUGACAAAUUUGACUAUUAAGUUCAAAUUUUUUGCCAAUACAGCAAGAAAUGUGUGGAACAUAAGUGCUCUACAGCUGACCUACAAGAUCAAAAACGGCACCCUCAGCAUGAACAUAACGGAGGAUGACCCGACGGUUUUGUCCGUGCCAAGUAAUCUACAGGACACCAGAUAUUCUUAUUCCUGCAGUUCAAAGUACUCCACUAACUACACCCAGGCCAAUCUGACUGAGUACAAAGGAAACAUUUUUGAGCUUGCCCUUGAUGUUCGCUUUGAUAACUUACAGAUCCAACCAUUUGGGUCCAGCGAUAAGUUUUUAGAUGCCAGCGACUGUGUCGGCUUCUUCACCAUAGGAACUUUAUCUGGACUCAUGGUCACUCUGAUCCUUCUACUCAUUCUCACCUGGGGGAUCAGCAUGAUGGUGAACAUUAAGACCAUGGACAGGUUCGAUGACCCCAAGGGAAAAGGAAUCACUGUGAAUGUUUCAGAGUAGUCAGAUAUUGCUGAUAGCUCUUGUAUGUUUUGUUAGUUUACCUGAGAGAAUAGAACAGUUGGUUUAUGUAGAACUGUAAAUUAUUCAAAAGGGAAUUUGUUGUCCAGUGAGGACAGAAACAAUGUUGUUGAUGCAUAGAAUUACUAGAAGACUGUAAAUUAUUAGCUAUUUGUUUGUCUGCUGGUACAGUUUAGUAGGUCUGAUAGACAAUGCACAGUAUAAAAAGUCAACAUGUCAUUUUCAAACAUUCUAGAUUAGCUGUUAUGUUACAUACUGCACUUUACUUAGUACUCUGUAUAACUUGAUUAUGUGAAUUCAGUUGAAUGUACAGCUGUAAAUGUGUGAAUUUAAACUAUAGGGUGGUCCAUGAACAAUAACCUAUUUUGAAUAUAGAUGGAAAGUAAAAUUGGUCGUUUUUUAUGGACCACCAAUUUUCCCAUGCCAGUAAGUAUUGCCUCUUUCAAAAGACCAUUCCAGUUACUAAUAUAUCAUAUUAAUAAAUCUCUAAUUCAUUUCAAGAAUUGUUGAAGAACUUAUUAAAGUUUAGUUGUGUGUAAAUGCUCAGAAUUUCAUGGGACUUUUUGGAAGUGCACCUUGUCUAAUAAUCCCAGCUGAAAUCUUUUUGAGAAUAUGAAGAGUCUUGGUACACCAUGCUAACUUUUGUACAUUUUCAAGAGGUGAUGUUACAUUUUGCUUGACGGGAGCUUCUGCUGCUAUUUACAAAUCAACUACUGAUUUGUACUGUCCAUUACACCUUCAUCUUCUAACCUGGUUUGGGUUGGGAAUAACUUCAUGCAGAAUGGCAUCAGUUAGAAAAAUUACCUGCCCUGUAACAGUGUCUGUGGAUAUCAAUUCAGGUUCCCUACAAUGCACCCGUAAAGCUUAUUUAAUUAAUAUU